AUGGUGAAGAAACGAGUGAAGAAGCCUGUUGGUGAAGAGUCUGUUGGUGAAGAAAUUGCGGGUGAGGAAGCAGCUGCUGGUGAAGAAACCGAAGAAGAAAGUGCAGCUGAAGAAACUCCUUUAGAAGAAACUGCGGGAGAGGAAGCAGCUGGCGAAGAAAUUCCUGUUGGUGAAGAAACUCCUGCAGAAGAAACUGCUGGUGAGGAAACUCCUGAAGAAGAGGCUGUUGUAGAGGGAGUAGCUGAUGAGGAAACUCCUCAAGAAGAGACUACUGCAGAGGAAGCAGGCGGUGAAGAAACUCCUGCAGAAGAAACUGCUGGUGAGGAAAAUCUUGAAGAAGAGGCUGCUGGAGAAGAAACACCUGCAGGCGAGGAGACAGCUGGGGAGGAAGUCGGUGGAGAAGAAACUCCUGCAGACGGAACUGCUGUUGAAGAAGAAGCUGUCGAAGAAAUUGCUGGAGAUGAAGAAUCUGGUGAAGAAAUGUCUACAGGUGAGGAGCCCGCUGGUGAAGAAAUUCCCGCAGAAGAGACUGGUGAAGAAGCCGCUGGCGAAGGAACACCUGCCGAAGAAACUAGUGAAGAGACAACUGGUGAGGAAGUCGCUGGUGAUGAAACUGCCCCAGAAGUGCAUGGUGAAGAGUCUGCUGUUGAGGAGCCCACUGAAGAAGAAACACCUGCAGAGGUGACUGCAGGUGAGGAAGCAGCUGGCGAAGAAAUUCCUGCUGGUGAAAAAACUCCAGCAGAAGAAACUGUUGAUGGGGAAUCCGCAGGUGAGGAAACAUCUGCUGAAGACAGCGGUGAAACGCCUUCAGGAGAAGAAGCUGGUGACGCUGAGGAAGAAGAAUCAAACGGCGAAGUAACAUCUGGUGGCGAAGAACUGGAACAUCCACCAUGCGAUGGAGCCUCAGGUGGAGAAGAGACUGAAGGCGAACAUCCGCCAUGUGGUGCUAGCGCUGAAGGAGAGGUCGAGAUACCCGUCGGAGAAGAAACAGAUGAACACACAUGUGGUGGCGCUGAAGGAGAAGAUACAUCCGGCGUAGAAGUCGCCGGCGAAGAAGCCGCAGGCGAUGAAAGUGGACCAAGUGUAGAAGAGGCUGAAGGCCAUGAGGGAGAAGGUGAAGCUUCCGGUAGCAGUGGCGGAGUUCAUAUUGAAAUAACAAUUGAAGGAGGUCAUGGAUCAUCGGAAAGUGUAGCGGAAGUUGAAGGCGAACAACCACCAUGUGAAGUUUGUGCCGGAGGAGAGUGUGAGACUCAUACAGGAGAAGAAACUGCUGAACAUUCAUGCGGUGGAGCUGAGGGUGAAGUGACAACCGGUGGAGAGACCGCGGCUGAGGAUGUCGUAGGCGAAGAAGCCGCGAGCGUUGAAGGCGAACCAUGUGGUGGAGGGGCUGAAGGUCACGAGGGAGAAGUUGAAGCUUCCGGUGGCAGUGGCGGAGUUCAUAUUGAAAUAACAGUCGAAGGAGAACAUGGGUCAACAGGUGGUGAAACCUCAGAAGGUGAACAUUCACCAUGCGAAGGAGCUUCUGGAAGUGAGGAGGCUGAAGGCGAACAUCCACCACCUGAAGUUUGUGUCGGUGGAGAGACCGAGAUACCCGUCGGAGAAGAAACAGGUGAACACACGUGCGGUGGAGCUGAGGGUGAAGAGACAACAGUUGAAGAAGCAGCUGGGGGAGAGGAAACUGAAGGUGCACAUCCACCAUGUGAUGGAGCUUCAGGUGAAGAAGGGGUUGGAGUUCACGAGGGAGAAAGUGAAACUUCCGCUGGCAGUGGUGGAGUUCAUAUUGAAAUAACAAUUGAAGGAGAGCAUGGAUCAUCGGAAGGUGUGGCAGAAGUUGAAGGCGAACAACCACCAUGUGAAGUUUGUGCCGGAGGAGAGGGUGAAACUCAUACAGGAGAAGAAACUGCAGAACACUCAUGCGGUGGAGCUGAGGGAGAAGUGACAACCGGUGAAGAGACUGCGGGUGAGGAUGUCGCAGGCGAAGAAGCCGCUGGCGAAGAAGCCGCUGGCGAAGAAGCCGCGAGCGUUGAAGGCGAACCAUGUGGUGGAGGGGCUGAAGGCCACGAAGGAGAAGGUGAAGCUUCCGGUGGCAGUGGCGGAGUUCAUAUUGAAAUAACAGUCGAAGGAGAACAUGGGCCAACAGGUGGUGAAACCUCAGAAGGUGAACAUCCACCAUGCGAAGGAGCUUCUGGAAGUGAGGAGGCUGAAGGCGAACAUCCACCACAUGAAGUUUGUGUCGGUGGAGAGACCGAGAUACCCGUCGGAGAGGAAACAGGUGAACACACGUGCGGUGGAGCUGAGGGUGAAGAGACAACAGUUGAAGAAGCAGCUGGGGGAGAGGAAACUGAAGGUGCACAUCCACCAUGUGAUGGAGCUUCAGGUGAAGAAGGGGUUGGAGUUCACGAGGGAGAAAGUGAAGCUUCCGAUGGCAGUGGUGGAGUUCAUAUUGAAAUAACAAUUGAAGGAGAGCAUGGAUCAACGGAAGGUGGGGCAGAAGUUGAAGGCGAACAACCACCAUGUGAAGUUUGUGCCGGAGGAGAGGGUGAAACUCAUACAGGAGAAGAAACUGCUGAACAUUCAUGCGGUGGAGCUGAGGGAGAAGUCACAACCGGUGAAGCUACCACGGGUGAGGAUGUCGCAGGCGAAGAAGCCGCUGGCGAAGAAGUCGUGAGCGUUGAAGGCGAACCAUGUGGUGGAGGGGCUGAAGGUCACGAGGGAGAAGUUGAAGCUUCCGGUGGCAGUGACGGAGUUCAUAUUGAAAUAACAGUCGAAGGAGAACAUGGGUCAAUAGGUGGUGAGACCUCAGAAGGGGAACAUCCACUAUGCGAAGGAGCUUCUGGAAGUGAGGAAGCUGAAGGCGAACAUUCACCACAUGAAGUUUGUGUCGGUGGAGAGACCGAGAUACCCGUCGGAGAGGAAACGGGUGAACACACGUGCGGUGGAGCUGAGGGAGAAGAGACAACAGUUGAAGAAACAGCUGGGGGAGAGGAAACUGAAGGUGCACAUCCACCAUGUGAUGGAGCUUCAGCUGAAGAAGGGGUUGGAGUUCACGAGGGGGAAAGCGAAGCUUCCGAUGGCAGUGGUGGAGUUCAUAUUGAAAUAACAAUUGAAGGAGAGCAUGGAUCAACGGAAGGUAUGGCAGAAGUUGAAGGCGAACAACAACCAUGUGAAGUUUGUGCCGGAGGAGAGGGUGAGACUCAUACAGGAGAAGAAACUGCUGAACAUUCAUGCGGUGGAGCUGAGGGUGAAGUGACAACCGGUGAAGAGACCGCAGGCGAAGAAGCCACUGGUGAAGAAGCCGCUGGCGAAGAAGCCGCGAGCGUUGAAAGUGAACCAUGUGGUGGAGUGGCUGAAGGUCACGACGGAGAAGGUGAAACUUCAGGUGGUAGUGGCGGAGUUCAUAUUGAAAUAACAAUUGAAGGAGAGCAUGGAUCAUCGGAAGGUGAGGCGGAAGUUGAAGGAGAACAAACAGCUGAACAUUCAUGCGGUGGCGCUGAGGGAGAAGAGACAACCGGUGAAGAGACCGUGGGCGAAGAAGCCACAGGCGAAGAAGCUGCAGGCGAAGAAGUCGCAGGCGAAGAAGCCGCAGGCGUAGAAGCCGCUGGCGAAGAAACCGCUGGCGAAGAAGCCGCUGGCGCAGAAGCUGCUGGCGAAGAAGCCGCAGGCGAAGAAACCGCAGACGAAGAAACCGCAGGCGAAGAAGCCGCAGGCGAAGAAGCCGCAGGCGAAGAAGCCGCAGGCGAAGAAGCCGCAGGCGAAGAAGCCGCAGGCGAAGAAUCCGCAGGCGAAGAAGCCGCAGGCGAAGAAGCCGCAGGCGAAGAAGCCGCAGCCGAAGAAGCCGCAGGCGAAGAAGCCGCAGGCGAAGAAGCCGCAGGCGAAGAAGCCGCGGGCGAAGAAGCCUCAGGCGUAGAAGCCGCGGGCGAAGAAGGUCAAACUUCCGGCGGCAGUGGUGGAAUUCAUAUUGAAAUUACAAUUGGAGGAGAACAUGGAUCAGAAUCAGGUGGCGAAACUGGCGAAGGAGAAGAAACUGGUGAGGAAGAAACUGUCGAAGAGGGAACCGGUGAAGAAGGAACUGGUGAAGAAGCAGCCGGUGAAGAGGCAACAGGUGAAGAAGUAACUAGUGAAGAAGAAACUGGUGAAGAAGGAACCAAUGAGGAGGAAACUGGAGAAGAGGAAGCUGGAGGAGAAGAAACGGCCCAAGAAGGAGAACCCGGUGAAGAGGGAACUGGUGAGGAGGAAACCGUUGAGGAAGGGGCUGGAGAAGAGGAAACCGGCGAAGAUGGAACGGGUGAAGAAGAGACAGGAGAAGAAGAAGCUGGUGAAGAAGAAACUGGCGAGGAAGGAGCUGGUGAAGAAGAAACAGGCGAAGAAGAAACAGGUGAGGAAGAGACAGGCGAGGAAGAGACAGGCGAGGAAGGAGCUGGUGAAGAAGAAACCGGCGAAGAAGAAACAGGAAGAGACUGGCGAGGAAGGAGAAGGUGA